AUGGCGCACGUCGAGGCUACCACGCGUGGCUGGCGCAUGCGCUGUCGCGCACGAGGCGCAAGAUUAUUCUUCGAAAGGUUUUUCGAGGUGAUUAAGGGUCUUGGGGAGCGGGAGCUUGUGUUGUUGCGUCGGGCCAAGGGUCGUCAGGAGGGUUGCUCGAGGUGGGGGGACGGUGUGAGAGACAGUUCGGAUCUCGGGUGUCCGCCUGAGUGGUCUUGGUAUGCAGGUCUCCAGAAGUUAGAUAGGUUGGGCAUGCGUGUAUUGGCAGCAAGUGAGGUUCUGCGUAAACCUGCUGGUGGUCAAUGGCGGGACAGCAUGGGUGUGCGUGCCGGUGCGAGAAUUACGGGCGAGGUUGGAGGCGCGAAUCGUAAUUACGACAUAAUAUGUGGAAUGAAUGGUAUUGGUGGUAGAUCUAUCACCUGUCGAAGUUUUGCUCUAUCAAGGAAUAAUUCACUUGAAGAAGGGAAAAAAGAAGAAAAAAUAAACAAAAAAUGA